UGGCACUAUGCACCGACUGCGGAACACCUUCACCAGGUCACGGACCCCGACUGGCGCGGAGAUGAAAACACAGAGCAGCCUGGAAGUGCCCAAACAGGUUCGCUCAGCAUCAUUUGACGAAAUCCAGCUCGAAGCGCAGCGCGCAAAUCAGUUCCUCAAAGUAAACCAACAAGCUUCGGCGGACGAAGCCAGCUCGGGACCGCUGCUGCAGGUGCCCCAGGCCAGCGGUCAGCGUUCGCGCAGCUUCGACCUAACCGGUGCCGUCGAAGAUUCCCAGGCCGCCGUAGCGGCGGCCUUUCUGGACGUGCCAAAGCGCUUCCAGCGGCGCAAAUCAAGCUCAAAAACACCACCACCGUGCAUUCACUGUCUGUACCUGGAGGAGUACCGGCGCCACACGGGAGUCGAACAGCGCCAGUACUACGACAGUGGUGAAUAUCAAGCGUUCAGCUACACCUCUUCCUCGUCGAGCAGCAGUGGCGACGAGGCGGACGAGGAGGAGGAGGACGACAACGAAGUAGAAGAAGAAGACGACGACGACGAAGACUACGGGUUCAGUUGCAACGUAACAUGCAACGUUUUGCUGCCACCGCCGAUUGUGUCCCCCUGCGGGAUCACCUUCACCCUUUCGCCAACCAACGGAGAUGACCCCGAGGAGGACUUCGGAGGCCUGGCGGCUCCACCGGAGGUGGACUGCACGGGUCCCGUGCUGCCGCCCCCUCCUGGCUUCGACACCAACUAUACGCUUCCACUCGGUUCGCCUCCACCAAUCGCGGUGCUGCCGCUCGGUUCACCACCUCCAAUCGCACCGUUUAGCUCAAUCUUUUCUCCGUCCCCGACAAUCGAAGUGCCUCCCAGUUCACCGGCGGUGGACACCACCAACACCACCUUCUGCGUUGGUCCAACGCGCGCCCGUCGACGGUCGAUUUCCCGCCAGGAAGCGAUCUUCGUCGAACCUACCGGUGCCUCGCUGGAAAAUGUCUCUUCCACGGAGCACCCGCUUGACAUUCCGGUCAUCGCGCCUCCGCACGACGACGAUGACACCUCCUCCAAGCCCAUCUCGUCCGAUGACAACGAAGACAAACAACAACCACCGGAAGCGACAACGGCUGCGGCGCAGCACAACGACAAUCAUUCAGCGACGGCCGACUUUGUGCGGGACAUCUACCUGCAGGUGCCGGACCUGAAGCGGGACCGUGCCGCGUCGGUCGAUUCGUGCUUCACCAAGGUUACGAAUGCCAAAACGGAAGAGCUAAAACCCCCGGAGGGUGAGCUGACGCUUCUGGCGGUGCCCGGAAGUGGUGCCAUCCGAUCGCGGUCGGUGGAUAUUGUGCUGCCGACCGAGGAGCAGGCCCGGUAUAAGGCGCUGGCCCUCGCCGGAACGGCGCCCACCGGUGCCGUUAGCCAUGGGACCAGAGGGAUGGUGAUAAUCAGUGCGACAACCAGCAGUCUGUGCUUUUCCUGCUAUGGAUCACUAUUCGCGGGUGAAAGUAAAACCAAGAAGAAAAAGAAACGCCGCCGACCACCGCCAGCGGUCAUUACCAAGUCCUGCUCGGUCGUUGGCAGUUGUCUGGUGCGCCGACAGCUGUCCAACGCUGCCAGCAUUCGACAUCGGCCGGCUUGCAGUGCUCGCGUCUAUCGGCGAAGUUGCAGCUGUCCGGUUUCGUCCGGUUCCGAUUUCUCGGCUUGCUCCCCGAGUGGCCCAACAUUUGGUCGCACCUCCGCCUCCGAAUGGAAGUUUCCUGCACUCGUCGCCGCGGCCACUGCCGCCGGUGCAGGUCCAGCGAAACGCUUCGGUCGAGGUUGGGCCGAUCGGAGAAAAGCCAUCCGUUACCGAGAUCGGUCCCUGCUCCCGUUCAAGCUCAGAAAAUCCAGCGCAGACCCGCACGGACGGCAGAUCCGCUGUACCCCGGAUUGGAGCGAAAACGCCGUCUCCGGGGAUCACUUGUGGGUGGCCACGUCCGUAUCCGGCGAUUGCUGCUACGUGGGCGAUAACGAUUGCACGAAGCACGGACCCCGGAUGAAGUGUUCGGCAUGCAAAAUUAUUGCCCACGCCAGCUGCAUCUCGGUGCUGAUGGAGCGAACGCAGCUGCAGUGCAAGCCGACCUUUCGGGAUGUCGGCGUCCGGCAGUACCGGGAGCAAACCAAAACGACCCACCACUGGAUCCAUCGGCGAACGGAGAAGGGCAAGUGCAAGCAGUGCGGAAAGUCCCUACAGGCGAAGCUCUCGUUUAGUUCUAAGGAAAUUGUUGCUUUAUCAUGUGCCUGGUGUAAAUCAUCAUAUCAUAACAAGGAAGCAUGCUUCAACCCGGAACGGAUCGGCGAGGAGUGCACGCUCGGCACCCACCGUGGCAUCGUCGUACCGCCGUCCUGGAUCGUGAAGCUUCCCCGCAAGGGCAGCUUCAAGUCGUCGCUGCGGAAAACACCGCAGAAGAAGAAGAAGGCCGGCAAAAAGGCGUCCGUCUCGAAGGAACCGCGCACGUUCGUGAUCAAGCCGAUUCCGACGGCCAACAUCACGCCGGUGCUGGUGUUCAUCAAUCCGAAAUCCGGUGGCAAUCAGGGUGCCAAACUGCUGCAGAAGUUUCAAUGGCUGCUCAAUCCUCGGCAGGUUUUUGACCUGACGCAGGGUGGACCAAAGAUGGGAUUGGAACUGUUCCGCAAGGUACCGCAGCUGCGGGUGCUGGCGUGCGGGGGCGAUGGAACCGUUGGCUGGGUCCUCUCGGUGCUCGACCAGAUCAACUUUGUGCCUCCGCCGGCCGUCGGAGUGCUACCGCUCGGUACCGGCAACGAUCUGGCUCGGGCGCUCGGUUGGGGUGGUGGCUACACGGACGAGCCGAUCGGGAAAAUUCUGGCCAACAUAGGCAACUCGGAUACGGUGCUGCUGGACCGGUGGAACCUGAAGGUGGAACCGAAUCCGGCCGUGGCGAACGCCGACGACGGCAAGGACAAUCUGCCGCUGAACGUGGUGAACAACUACUUCUCGCUCGGUGUCGACGCGCACAUUGCGCUGGAGUUUCACGAAGCCAGAGAGGCCCAUCCGGAAAAGUUUAACUCACGGCUGCGGAACAAAAUGUUCUACGGUCAAAUGGGCGGAAAGGAUCUGCUGAAGCGUAAGUGGAAAGGAUUGGCGGAAUUUGUCACGCUCGAGUGCGACGGCAAGGAUCUUACAUCGAAGCUGAAAGAGCACAAGGUGCAUGCGAUAGUAUUUCUGAACAUUCCAAGCUACGGUGGUGGAACCCACCCGUGGAACAAAUCCGGUGGCCAGUACGAUCCGGCCACCGACGAUGGGCUGAUCGAGGUGGUCGGACUGACGACCUAUCAACUACCGCUGCUGCAGGCCGGCGGCCAUGGGACGUGCAUUGCCCAGUGCAAAUCGGCCAAGGUGGUCACCUCGAAGACGAUCCCGAUGCAGGUGGACGGCGAGGCGUGCAAGCUGAAGCCGUCCAUCAUCGAACUUACCCUACUGAACAAGGCUGUGAUGCUGGCGAAACGGAAACCCGGAAGGGCGAACGUGCCACAAGAAAAACUGGAAUCUCUCACCAUUACCCUGAUGAAGAUAAUGAUGUACGACUACGAGCAGAAUCACUACGAUAAGGAUUUGCUGCGGCAGUCGGCCGUCAAUCUGGGCACGCUGGAAGUGCCCGUCACCGAUCUCGAGCAGGUUCGCGUGCUGAUCAACAAGUACUGCGAGGAACAACCGGACAGUCCGAAGCUGUCGCCGGAUUGGUGCUUCAUCGAUUCCUGCACGGCGGAACGUUUCUUCCGGGUGGACCGAGCGCAGGAGAAUCUCCACUUCAUUACCGAUAUCGCCACCGAUUGUUGCUUCGUGCUGGACCAGGAGUGCCCGACGCUGCCGCAAACACCGGAAGACGAGAGCGCCGUAAUGCUGCGCGAAGGAUCGGCCAUUCCGCCGCACCUGAGCAGCAGCUUGGAGUCGAGCGAUCGCGACUCCCGGGACGGAACGCCCCAGUCACCGGGCGUGAAGUUCUUCAAUCGGUCCCUGUCGGGACCGGGUUCCGGUACGCUCUCGCCGGCCGUAGACAUUCCAUCCCGAAAGAGCUCGCAAGGUUCGCAGGGUUCACGAGGGUCUCACGGAAGUCCGAAAGACCCCUCCAGUGGAGCCGGAUCCGGCGGUGGACUUGGCAACGGCCAAAGUCUAGAUCAACUAGUCAACUUCAAGAGCUUCCACGAGCGAUUGUUCGGCUUGAAUGAAGACGCCUUCGGAUUCAGCAAUCUGCUGGAGAAGACAACGGAUGCGGUAAUCAAGGCGGCAAAAACGGGCGAUUUAGUGAUGCUGAAGGACCUACACAUGCAGGGCUACUCGUUGCUAUCGAUCGACUCCGGUGGCCAGACGGCACUGCACUAUGCCGCCCGCUACGGCCACAAGGACAUCGUGCGCUAUCUGAUCUCGUACGCACCGAACAGCAUCGUCAACAUGAUCGACAACGAAAACGGCCAAACGGCCCUCCACAAGGCGGCCAACGCGAAGCGGCGCAGCAUCUGCUACAUGCUGGUGGCAGCCGGCGCCAGUCUGAUCAUACAGGACCAGAACGGGCGCACGCCGCGGCUGCUAGCGCUCGAAGCCGAGGACCGCGACCUGGCGGCCUAUCUCGAAAAUCAAGAGCAAUUCCAGCUUGCCGAUUACCAGAGCAGUGCGUGAUCCGCGGCGGUUGCCGGCGGAGCCGGAGCUGCUCCGCAGCCGAAACAACGAUCGGGGAACAGAAUCUACAUCCGUCGAUGAAACGAACCGUACCGGAACGCCACCGCCG